AUGCAGAUCUUCAGCACCAUGCUCAUCGCCGCCGCGGGCGUCUUGUCCGCCGCCGUCAACCCCGCCGCGGUUGCCCAGUUCUCGCUCCAGACGCGUGCCAACGGCGAACAGAUGAGCUUCUCCAACGUCAUCAUGAACUCGGCCGCCUACAAUGUCUUUUUGACUGCGGACCUCCGCUACCCCGAAGGCACCGAGCCUCCCAAAUCUAAAAGCCAGAGCCAGAAGGGAGCUCUGCCAACGGUCAACAAGUACGCGGCGGUCUCGAAUUCCGCGGCGGUUUCGAAUUCCGCGGCGGUCUCGAGUCCCACCUCGGACGAGAACCCUGACAUUAUCUAUGUGCUUCAGUGCACCGAAGCUGGUUUCCGCGGCAAAUGCACCGUCUUUGGCGCUCCGGCCGGCAGAUGCGUCUCCUACUUUGACUUCAACUCGAAAGGCUCCAAGGACAUUAGCGACCGCUUCAACAACAAGAUCACCUCCCUGUCCACCAACACCGGCGGCGUCUGCCAGUUUUACAAGUACACUGGCUGCGACGAGUCUGGCUGGGACCGCGGCCUUGCCACGUCCUACAACUUCAACCUGGGCGUUCCUCUUCCCCAGGAUACUCGUACUACCCAGUACCAGAACAGGAUCAGCUCGUGGAGGUGCUAG